AACCAGGAACAAGAGGGCUGGAGAGCUCAGGUCACCCCUAGCCUGGGGUGUGUCCCAAGGGCAACCCCCAGCUGGUGCCUGGUGAAAGGGCAUGACAGCAGCCACAGUGUGAGCUGUCCCAGGGCCCAGGGCUGGACUGCCUGGCUCCAGCCCCCUCCCCCAGCCCCUCGCAGUGCUCAUCAGGGACCAAGGUCCAGCUACAGAGCUCUUGCAGCCUCUGGGCCAUAGCUGCCAGGCCUGGAGGGGCCAGAUGGAACCCAGAGCCUGAACACCCCUCCUCUCCCCCCAGCACCCCCUGGAUUCCUGAGGCCUGGCUCAGUUACUAGGAGACAGGUCCUCUGGCCCAAGCAAAGAUGCGGGUGCCACGAGGGCCAGGCCUCGGCCAAGCCCUGCUGGGGUAAAUCCCAGCAGCCCAGGCUCCAGUCUUGCCUCAGGGGUCCCUCCUUUCCAGCUCUGCCAGCCCCUCAGGGCUGCUGGGCACCCCCCCUUCACCUCCUGAGCACCCCAGGCGCUCAGCCCUCUCCCCCUCCCAUGUCUAGUCCCUCAGCGCUGUCCGGACGGACUGACGUGUGUACCUACCCCCCAUGUGGGUCUCCUGCUCUCCCUUCGUGGGGACACUGGGCAGGCACUGGGCCUUGCCCCAAGCCCCGCCUGCCACCUCACCCACUGCCUCUGCCUCCCUGGGGCAGAGCUGUUCCCAGACGGGUGGGGCGGGGCCCAACUGUCCCCAGCUCCUUCAGCCCUUUCUGUCCCUCCCAGUGAGGCCAGCUGCGGUGAAGAGGGUGCCUUCUUGCCUGGAGUUCCCUCUGCUACGGCUGCCCCCUCCCAGCCCUGGCCCACUGAGCCAGACCCAGCUGUCCCCAUUCCCACUUCUGGUCCUGCCACCUCCUGAGCCACCUUCUCACCUGGUCUGGGUAAAGUAAUGGCCUCGAGCACAGGUGACCAGAGCCAGAUGGUGAAAAACGGACUGAGAACGAAGGUGCUGACGCUGGACAGCAUGAACCCACGUGUGCAGAGGGUGGAGUACGCGGUGCGUGGCCCCAUAGUGCAGCGAGCCUUGGAGCUGGAGCAGGAGCUGCGCCAGGUAUGGCCCAGGGCCCCUCGCUGCCCUCCAGGUCACACUGGGGUGGCCGAGUUAGCCCCAGCCCCACUGGCACACGCGACAAGGGCUGAGGGGUUAGGUAGGGCACAGUCUGCCUGCCUGCUCCCCUCCCCUCCCCUCCCAGGGUGUGAAGAAGCCUUUCACCGAGGUCAUCCGUGCCAACAUUGGGGACGCACAGGCUAUGGGGCAGAGGCCCAUCACCUUCCUGCGCCAGGUGAGGCUCCUGCACUGCCCGCUGCACCCGCCCACCCCCAGCCCAUGUGCCCUGGCCUCAGCACUCCGUCUUCCCAGGUCUUGGCCCUCUGUGUUAACCCUGAUCUUCUGAGCAGCCCCAACUUCCCUGAGGAUGCCAAGAAAAGGGCGGAGCGCAUCCUGCAGGCGUGUGGGGGCCACAGUCUGGGGGCCUACAGCGCCAGCUCCGGCAUCCAGCUAAUCCGGGAAGACGUGGCGCGGUACAUUGAGAGGCGUGAUGGAGGCAUCCCUGCGGACCCCAACAACGUCUUCCUGUCCACAGGGGCCAGCGAUGCCAUCGUGACGGUGCUGAAGCUGCUGGUGGCCGGCGAGGGCUACACGCGCACGGGUGUGCUCAUCCCCAUCCCCCAGUACCCACUCUACUCGGCCACGCUGGCAGAGCUGGGCGCAGUGCAGGUGGAUUACUACCUGGACGAGGAGCGCGCCUGGGCGCUAGACGUGGCGGAGCUUCACCGUGCGCUGUGCCAGGCGCGUGACCACUGCCGCCCUCGUGCGCUCUGUGUCAUCAACCCCGGCAACCCCACCGGGCAGGUGCAGACCCGCGAGUGCAUCGAGGCCGUGAUCCGCUUCGCCUUCGAAGAGCGGCUCUUUCUGCUGGCGGACGAGGUGUACCAGGACAACGUGUACGCCGCGGGCUCGCAGUUCCACUCAUUCAAGAAGGUGCUCAUGGAGAUGGGGCCGCCCUACGCCGGGCAGCAGGAGCUUGCCUCCUUCCACUCCACCUCCAAGGGCUACAUGGGCGAGUGCGGGUUCCGCGGCGGCUAUGUGGAGGUGGUGAACAUGGACGCCGCAGUGCAGCAGCAGAUGCUGAAGCUGAUGAGUGUGCGGCUGUGCCCGCCGGUGCCAGGCCAGGCUCUGCUGGACCUGGUGGUCAGCCCACCCGCGCCCACCGACCCCUCCUUCGCGCAGUUCCAGGCUGAGAAGCAGGCAGUGCUGGCAGAGCUGGCGGCCAAGGCCAAGCUCACCGAGCAGGUCUUCAAUGAGGCUCCUGGCAUCAGCUGCAACCCAGUGCAGGGCGCCAUGUACUCCUUCCCGCGCGUGCAGUUGCCCCUGCGGGCGGUGGAGCGCGCUCAGGAGCUGGGCCUGGCCCCGGAUAUGUUCUUCUGCCUGCGCCUCCUGGAGGAGACCGGCAUCUGCGUGGUGCCAGGGAGCGGCUUUGGGCAGCGGGAAGGCACCUACCACUUCCGGAUGACCAUUCUGCCCCCCUUGGAGAAACUGCGGCUGCUGCUGGAGAAGCUGAGCAGGUUCCAUGCCAAGUUCACCCUCGAGUACUCCUGAGCACCCCAGCUGGGGCCAGGCUGGGUCGCCCUGGACUGUGUGCUCA